CGCAUCACCAGCCUCAUGCGACAGAGGGAUGGCUUCUUCCUGACUGCCCAGCUCAAGCAGGACCGCAAGUCCCGCGGCACGCUGCUGGCGCUCGAGGGCCCUGGCGCUGCGCAGCGCCAGUUUGAGCUGGUCUCCAAUGGCCCGGCAGACACGCUGGACCUCACCUACUGGACGGAUGGCGGCCAGCACGUGCUGUCCCUGGAGGACGUGGGCCUGGCCGACUCGCAGUGGAAGAACAUCACCGUGCAGGUGGCUGGCGAGACCUUCGGCCUGUAUGUGGGCUGUGACCUCGUUGACAGCCUUGCACUGGAUGAGCCCUUCUAUGAGCAGCUGACAGCCGAUCGGAGCCGCUUGUACGUGGCCAAGGGUGCUGCACGUGACAGCCACUUCAGGGGUUUGCUUCAGAACAUACACUUAGCCUUUGAAAAUUCAGUGGAAGACAUUCUAAGCAAGAAAGGUUGUCAACAAAACCAGGGAGCUGAAAUCAAUGCCAUCAGUGAACACACAGAGACACUGCACCUGAGCCCUCACGUCACUGCGGCCCACGCGGGUCAGAGUCUGCAGCCGAGACCAGAGGUGUGCGAACAUUCCUGUGCUGAGCUGAGCAGCAUGAUGAAUGAGCUUUCCAGGCUGCACCUGCUUGUGGGCCAGCUCAGCGACAACCUCAAGAGAGUGUCCAACGACAAUGAGUUCCUGCUGGAGCUUAUCGGGGUUCCCCCCAAGACAAGGAACGUGUCGGGGUGCUGGCAGGAAGACCGCUUGUUUGCAGAGAACGAGACCUGGGUGGUGGACAGCUGCACCAGCUGCACCUGCAAGAAAUUUAAAACCAUUUGCCACCAAAUCACCUGUCCUCCUGUGACGUGUGCCAAUCCAUCCUUGGUGGAAGGCGAGUGUUGUCCUUCCUGCUCCCACGCAGCAGACAGCGAGGAGGGCUGGUCUCCAUGGGCAGACUGGACUGAGUGCUCGGUCACCUGUGGUUCUGGCACCCAGCAGCGGGGUCGCUCCUGCGACGUCACCAGUAACACCUGCCUGGGGCCGUCCAUCCAGACGAGAACCUGCAGCCUGAGCAAAUGCGACUCCCGUGUGCGGCAGGAUGGCGGCUGGAGCCACUGGUCACCCUGGUCUUCCUGCUCCGUGACCUGCGGGGUCGGCAACCUCACACGCAUCCGCCUCUGCAACUCCCCGGUGCCUCAGCUGGGCGGCAAGUCCUGCAAAGGGGGCGGCCGGGAGACCAAGGCCUGCCAGGGCGCACCGUGCCCAAUCGAUGGCCGCUGGAGCCCCUGGUCCCUGUGGUCUGCCUGCACGGUUACCUGUGGCGGGGGCAUCCGUGAACGCGCACGCGUCUGCAACAGCCCAGAGCCCCAGCACGGUGGGAAGAACUGCGUGGGCGAUGUGCGGGAGCAGCAGAUGUGCAACAAGAGGAGCUGCCCUGUAGAUGGCUGCCUAUCCAAUCCCUGCUUCCCUGGAGCUGAGUGCAACAGCUUCCCCGACGGCUCCUGGUCUUGCAGCGGCUGCCCUGUGGGCUUCCUGGGCAACGGCACCCACUGUGAGGACCUGGAUGAGUGCGCUGUGGUCAUGGACAUCUGCUUCUCCACCAACAAGGCGGCUCGCUGUGUCAACACCCAGCCUGGCUUCCACUGCCUGCCCUGCCCGCCUCGCUACAAGGGGACCCAGCCUUUUGGGGUGGGCCUGGAGGCCGCCAGGGCUGAGAAGCAGGUGUGUGAGCCAGAAAACCCAUGCAAGGACAGGACUCACAGUUGCCACAAGCAUGCCGAGUGCAUCUACUUGGGCCACUUCAGCGACCCCAUGUACAAGUGUGAGUGCCAGACUGGCUAUGCUGGCGACGGGUUCAUCUGUGGGGAGGACUCGGACCUGGACGGCUGGCCCAAUAGCAACCUGGUGUGUGCCACCAACGCCAGCUACCACUGCCUCAAGGAUAAUUGCCCACACCUGCCCAACUCGGGGCAGGAGGACUUUGACAAGGAUGGAGUGGGCGAUGCCUGUGAUGAUGACGACGACAAUGAUGGUGUGAACGACGAGAAGGACAACUGCCAACUCCUCUUCAACCCGCGCCAGUUUGACUAUGACAAGGACGAGGUCGGGGACCGCUGUGACAACUGCCCAUAUGUGCACAACCCAGCACAGAUCGACACGGAUAACAACGGCGAGGGAGACGCCUGCUCCGUGGACAUCGACGGGGAUGAUGUCUUUAACGAGCGAGACAACUGUCCGUACGUCUACAACACUGACCAGAGGGACACCGAUGGUGACGGUGUGGGAGACCACUGUGACAACUGCCCGCUGAUGCACAACCCUGAACAGACCGAUGCAGACAACGACCUUGUGGGCGAUCAGUGUGACAACAAUGAGGACAUAGAUGACGACGGCCACCAGAACAACCAGGACAACUGUCCCUACAUCUCCAACGCCAACCAGGCCGACCACGACAAUGACGGCAAGGGUGAUGCCUGUGACUCGGACGAUGACAAUGAUGGCAUCCCCGAUGACAGGGACAACUGCAGGCUGGUGUUCAACCCAGACCAGGAGGACUCAGAUGGUGAUGGGCGGGGUGACAUCUGUAAGGACGACUUUGACAACGACAACGUCCCGGAUAUUGAUGAUGUGUGUCCUGAGAAUAAUGCCAUCAGUGAGACAGACUUCCGGAACUUCCAGAUGGUGCCUUUGGACCCAAAGGGGACCACGCAGAUUGACCCCAAUUGGGUCAUUCGUCACCAGGGCAAGGAGUUGGUUCAGACAGCAAACUCAGACCCUGGCAUCGCCGUGGGUUUUGACGAGUUUGGGUCUGUGGACUUCAGCGGCACGUUUUACGUCAACACUGACCGGGACGAUGACUAUGCUGGCUUCGUCUUUGGCUACCAGUCCAGCAGCCGCUUCUACGUGGUCAUGUGGAAGCAGGUCACGCAGACCUACUGGGAGGACCAGCCCAGCCGGGCCUACGGCUACUCCGGGGUGUCUCUCAAGGUGGUGAACUCCACCACGGGUGUAGGCGAACACCUGCGCAACGCGCUGUGGCACACAGGCAACACCCAGGGCCAGGUGCGCACGCUAUGGCAUGACCCCAAGAACAUUGGCUGGAAGGACUACACGGCCUACAGGUGGCACCUGACACACAGGCCCAAGACAGGAUACAUGAGAGUCUUAGUGCAUGAAGGAAAGCAGGUCAUGGCUGACUCAGGCCCUAUCUACGACCAAACCUACUCCGGUGGGCGUCUUGGUCUAUUUGUCUUCUCCCAAGAAAUGGUCUAUUUCUCGGACCUCAAGUAUGAGUGCAGAGGACUGACUGGGGUGCCCAGCCUGGAGUUCCCUAUCGCUGUGGCCCUGCGGGACCGUGCCAUCCCCAGCAUCCACAACCACUGUGAGGUCACACAGCUCCAGCGGGUGCCAGGUGCACCGGGAGAGUAA